AUGAAGUUAACCUCUGCGCUACCAGUCGCCUUAGCCGCCAGCCUCAGCAUGCCUGUGCUAGCAACCCCUUGUUGCGCACAGCAGGGUAAGGCUCGCCAUGAGAAGGUUAUCAGCCAGUACCUUCGAUGUUGGGGAGGCGAGUUUGACCUCAUGAACUCCACAUUCGCGCCUGAUGUGCAUCUUUAUCAAGAUCGUUUGCCUACAGCAAAUGGAAGCGAAGCCUCGAACUUGGUAAAUAGACAGGAGUUCUUGGCCUUUAUCAAACGCUCGCGCACCGGCUGGGAAAAGUACGGAUUCGAAGUCAUAUUCUGGGCAGGCGAUGAGAAUAAAAUUGCAAUCCGUUGGCGUUUGGCUGCUAUCAUGGGACCGGAUUUCCCUCCGAAAAUUCCUACGAACCUCAAAGCGGGGGAUCAUGUCACCUACAAUGGCACCGACUUUCUUCAAUUAGACGCUUGCAGUGGUCUCAUUAAGCAGGUUGAUUCGGCGCAAGACCUUGUUACCUUUUUUGACAACCUAGGUAUAUCCUUGAUACCGCGUCCCAACUAG